UUUAAUGUUUACAUUCGUGUAAUCAUUGCAUGUUAACGAUAAGAGUUUGCGUGAGUCCGCGUUCCUCUAUACGCAUAGUAACCUCCUUUAAACACAAUGCCACCUUACUAACAGUAAGCUAAUUAUGAUACAGCACAUGGCAAUGUCAUCUCGUAUUUCCGAGUCACUUUUACCGACACAUCCCCCCGACCUUAUAAAAGAGGCGCGUGCCCGCCGCGCGCUCGCAGUCCAUACCGCGCUACCGAGCGAGACGCACGUGUAAUGCGUAAAUAUUAGUGGAGUCUCACUAUCAGUAAACAUGGAGAGCCCUUCUAGCCCGGGCGUGCCCGAGGAUGAAGGCAUCGCCACCGACCGCCGUCUCUCCACCGACGACCACGCGGACCUCUCCGAUACGGCCUCCGAAGCCGGUUCCGGAGGAGGCAAGGACUCCGGCUGCGAAGUUGCCCAGGAGACGCAGGAGCCGCCCUACACCCCGCCCGACGACGAGCUUGCCAACCGGAUAGUGUCUCAAGUGGAGUUUUACUUCUCCGAUGCGAACAUUACUAAAGAUGCCUUCCUACUCAAACAUGUUCGUCGCAAUAAGGAGGGUUAUGUGUCCCUAAAGUUAAUCUCGAGCUUCAAGCGCGUCAAACAUCUGACGAAAGAUUGGAGGGUAGUUGCCGAGGCUUUGAAGCGGUCAACAAAGUUGGAAAUCAACGAAGCGGGAACCAAACUGCGGAGGAUCGAGCCCUUACCAGCUUAUGAUGAGACUACGCCAUCCAGGACCGUCGUAGCUGUUCGGAUGCCUAUAGACAAACCUUCAGUGGAAAACGUGUCUCGUCUCUUUGCGAGCUGCGGAGAAAUAGCCUUAGUCCGCGUACUCCGUCCCGGUAAUCCAGUUCCCGCUGACGUUCGCCAGUUCCUCAACAAGAAUCCCAGUCUCGUGAAUUGUGUGUGUGCUUUAGUUGAGUUCACGGAGUCAGAGUCGGCGCGGGAGGCGCUGCGACUUCAGAACGCCGAGGAUGAGGGCAUGCGAGUGUACGAACUGAACGGUGUCCCUCGGGAGCCGAAGAGGAAGGCGCCGAUACGCCGGCCGCCGCCGCGCCGCCACGAAUGUGAAUACUCGUCUUGUUGCAGCGGCAGUGAAGCAGAAUACGAAUACAGAUACGGAAAUCCUUUCCUCAGAAGGAACUCCAGUAGCUUCUUUGCACCACGUACGCCAGAAAUCCAGACGUGGAUUCCGCGGAGGCCAUCGACGUGCAGCCACAGCUCGGAUUCGGGAGUGUCGUUCUAUUGUGGUUCGCGGCGGACCUCGCAGGCGAGUACGGGCAGCGCCAGCAGUGGCGACGGCUGGCUGGCACGCCGGCUGUCCGGCUGCUCGCUGACCGGACCGGAGUGCGGCGGCCGGAGGCUGUCCUGCGCGCCUCGGUUCGAACCUCGGACUCCGCUGGUGCCCGACGGCACACGCGGCUUCCAUGCCGCUGCGCGUCAGCGUAGAAUCUCGGACCUCGCGCUUUACUCACGCUAGAAAGCGCCCGCCAACCGUGACACCUUUCUAACCGCGUUGAAUAACUGCCUUUCACGUUAUGCCCGCUUAGUUUUUAAUCUAUUUCGUACGAGGAAGCGAAUUGUUUAUGUGAUCGCGUGUGUUCUAGACGGUUUAGUUUAAGUUUCUCCGCGUUGAUCUGUUUGAGGCGGCCGGCCGAAACUUCAGUUACCUAUUUUGUACUUAGUGGUCUGGCCGCGUGCGGAAAGAAUGUGAUCGAAUGAGCUCAUUUAGUCGUAAGCCACAGGCAGCUGUGUUAGGUUAUAAUUUUCAAGUUUCGAUUGUAAUUUAUUAGUAUUUAUUGUCGCGUAUUUAUUGCGAAGCGCGCGCGGUGGGCUGCGAGUUUUCAUCCGAUUAUGUCAGAGUUGUGAGCACAAAACGAAUAAACAAAAUCGACAUGCGAGUGAUCGUAGACUCGAUGGCCGCGCCGGCGAUCAAUGGAGUUGUGUAAGACUUGCGAAACGAGCAAAAGUAAAAGUCGUACAUCGCUAUAAAAUCUGUCGUUCGCCGGACUCAGGAAUGAGAUAAAAUUGUAACAAUCGUAACAGCCCGCCGUGCUACGGCGGAACUAAUCGUCUUCAUGUAAUACGAUUAAGUCAUAAUAUUAACUAUAAGUCAGCCGCGCCAUGUCAUCUUCUUGUUAAGUCUAAUGUUAUUUAAGUUCGUUGUGAUGUUUAAUUUAAAUGGUUUAUUUCCGUUAUUCUUAAUUUAUUCUAGGACGCGGAGGGUUAUCGUUCACAAAUUUCGGCAUUAGACCGCCGAGGUGCUUUUUUUUGUGUACCCACUGCUGUUCUAUAGGUAUAUUGUAAAAAGAUAAAUUUUAAAAUAAUAAAUAAGAUUUGCAGAA